AUGGAUAUGUUUGCCAUGGCCCGGGUUCUGUUCCUCGUCGGUGUUCUUAUCGGAACUUGUCAAUCGUCUACCUGUCAUGCGCAGUGUGAUUACGACCACGUGACAGCGAGGGCCGACUGCUCCUCCCGUAAUCUGAACUGUAUCCCCGUCAACUACCCAGACUCCCUCGUCAUGGAUCUUAGCCACAACGCCAUGUCGGUGCUGGAACCAAACGACUUCAACGGGACGUUCACGAGGUUGGUUGAGCUGUACCUGGACUACAACGACAUAUCUGAUGUGACGUCACUGCUGCAGUCAACCGGGUUGGGAAGCCUGAAAAAACUAUCGGUAGAACAUAACAUCGUUUAUGACUUGCCUUAUUCUUGUUCGCUCACUUCUCUCGAAGAGAUGUCACUGGACUACAACUCACUUCAUUAUUUACUCAUGAUUCCCUUUUGUAACAAUUUAAAGAAACUUUCAGCUGAUUCCAAUGAAAUACUACGCGUUGAUUUUCAUGCAUUUUUUCUCGAUUCAUUUCCAUUUUUAUCAUUUAUCAGCUUGCGAUUCAACGAAAUAAGAAAUUUCCGUUGGGGCACAGAUCAUCCAUAUAAGUCUAGCCCCAAUGUGACUUUUUUAUUAGAUCACAAUGAAAUCACACAUGUCGUUUUGUUUGUGCGUAAUUAUUUUGGUUCAUAUUUGGACCGACUCUCUCUUAGUCAUAACAGACUCCAACACGUUUACGCAGAACUUCCCUCUAAGUUCGAAAUAGCCAGCAAUGGAUUACGUGAGUUCAGUGGAUUCCGCUUCUUUCUGCCUCCGGAAAUCUUAAUGGAGGAGCUAGACAUGAGCAACAACUCGUUUGAUUCCUUGAUACAACCAGAAUGGGCAGAAGGUCUUCAUAUCUUAAACGCUGAUUACAACAAACUGGCUAACCUGUCCUCUACAACCCUACAAGGAUUCAUCAACCUGACGGAGCUCCAUCUAGCAAAUAAUCGACUCUUGUUCAUCUCAUCGACAGCUCUGAGUCAACUCACGAAGCUACGGUCUCUGUAUCUCGAUGGCAACGCCCUGACGUCAUUGUUGGGUGCCAUAUUCCUCAACCAAGCUGACCUAGUGGAGCUUUCCAUUACAAACAACCAACUCUCCGAGUUAUAUCCGGAUUACUUCCUGGGUCUGGACUCGCUGGAACGUCUGUAUCUCGCUGGGAAUCGACUGGUUUACGUCCACUCAGAGAUGUUUCGGCAGAUGCCUUUCCUUACUACUAUGGACUUCUCUAAAAACAAACUUAAAGUCUUUGAUUUAACAAAUUGUAGCCUCCUCGGCAACUUACAGAACAUUAUGCUAGCUCACAACUCUAUUCAUGACAUCAGUUACAUACUUGGUCAUUGCGUUAACUUGGAAGUCCUGGACUUAAGUUUCAAUCAGAUCCAAGUGGUUCCUGGUGACUCUCUGACUGGGAGAAAUAGAGCACUAUACAGACUUGAGCUUGAAGGCAACCCGCUUCAAUGUGACUGCCGGUUGACGGGUCUACGUGAUUGGCUCCGCAAUAAUCCCCCGUCUGGUCUCCCUCGAUGUCAAGGUCCGCCGCAGAACUCAGGGGCAGUGGUUUCAGACUUGGACGUACAUGAUUUCAUCUGUGAUCCUCCUAAGGCAUCUCUCUCUUUGGCUGCGACUGUUCUCCCCACCAUGUUUAUCACCCUAAUCAUCACACUCGCUGUCGUCGCCUUGGUGAUCUGUCUCCGUCGUCGUUAUAGGAAGAAAGAUCAUUCCACCUCGGCAGCGGAAGGGGUCAGGGGUGCUUCAAGGCUUACGGUUGGUUUCCGUAAAACAGGUGUACCUACCAGAUCAGACGAAGGUUACGUCGACCAAGCCGUCGAUGGAGACUAUAUGACACCAACACCCAAGGAGGACACAGGGGAGGAAUACGAGGUACCAACUAAGACAGCCAGACAUCCUUAUGGAAGACACCAGAGGCACCUCAAGGUCAUCCCAUCAGUAGAGAUGGACGAUGCUCACUUCUACGAACCAGUUAAUUGCGGUGGAGAAACAAGAUGUUGA